AUGCUGUACCAUACAGUUUUGCCUACAAAUGCGUGUAGCUUCAUUGUAGCUGUGAAUGCUCUGUUCCUCUCCUUUUCACCCUUGAAGAUUCGCGAACACACAGGAUUGAGCUGCAGGAGGCAUAGCAUUCCCCAUGUGAUAGGCAAAGGAAGAUGUGGGUCUGAUGGUUCUACCCACUGGGGUGAUGUGCAGGUGUUAGGGAAUCUCAGAGCUUGCAGCCAAACAGCACAUCCUUCCAUGAGCAGCCUUUGCACCAUGACAAUAUCAAGAUUUUGAGUUUCAAAGAAGGAUAUUUUUGAGUUUACAGAGGCAAAAUUCCUCUUAAAGGAAGUAGACAUAAGAGACAUCUAAUCUGGUCUAUUACACCUCAGUAAAAAUAAACUGUUAAUAUACACAAUACCAUGA